CGCCAAAUGCCCCGCCCACCACCACCAGUAUAUAAACUGUUCCUGCUCUACCCGGGCAUCAGUUACCUCACAUCUCCUCUCUACACAACAUCAUGAAGACAGUAGCUCUGGUGCUCUCGGUGGCGGUGGUGGCGUGGGCGGCUCCUCAGGACAGCUACAACUACCAGGCGCCGGCCGUGCAACAGCCUCAGUACCCCGACGCUCCCGCCCUGUACAACUUCCAGUGGGACAUCAACGACGAUUACUCAGGCAACUUUUACGGUCACCAGGAGCAGAGAGACGGAGACAACACCCAGGGCAGUUAUUACGUGAGGCUACCUGACACUCGCCUCUUGCGAGUUGACUACUACGUUGACGAGUACGGCUUCCACCCCACUGUGACCUUCGAGGGUGAGGCCCAGUACCCCAGUGCCCCCCAGCAGGCAUACCAGCAGCCCGACCCAGCUCCCACUCAGUACUACUCUUAGCCAGGAAAAUAAACACGAUCAAUACAACCUCCUUCAUCUUUUCUCUACAUUACGUUCCUAAGAUGAAGGAGAACUGAACGAUGGCAGAAGGAUACCACCCCUGCAGGACCCCAGGCCCCACGGUGUUGUCAAGAACGUCUUCCAGCACAACUAUGAAGGUCCAGGAUCACUUCCUUGCUCUAAUGUCCUUAAUGUUUGUUACCUGUGUUCCCUGAGUCACAUGUGUGUGUUUGUGUGUCUGUUGCUUAAAGAAUUGCGUAGGUCCUCACACCACGCUUAUAUAUCUUUGUAUUAGAUAGAAUUGUUUUUAUACUGAGAGUUUAUGAAUACAUUACAGAAGAAAAAAUAUUAUGAA